GGCGUUCCUGACCUUUGUUUUACGAGCGAUACGCUCUGGGGGCCCGUGUCCCCCGACCGGGCGGGAGCCCGGGGCGCCUGUCUUUGAAACUGCAGGUCAAAGUCGGCAGCCGACGGCGCCCCGCGAGGCUGAGCUCCGGCCCGUGGGCCGGGCCUGGAAGCUGCCGGGGAGACCGGCUGCCCGCGGACGCGCCGCGGAGAGGCCGCCGAAAGGCCGGUGCCACGGCAGGAGGCGGAGGGCGCCGGGCCCUGGGUCCCGGAGGCUCGCCGCUGGGCCGCGCCUUCCUUCAAACCGAUCCUCCCGAGUCGGCGGAAGGCGCACCCGUGCGGGCCCCUGCACGGGUUCCUGGCGGCGGGAACAUCCCGGCCGGGCCCCGGCGACUCCCCCAUGUCCCGCCGGGAGAGCCCGGGCUCGGAUGUUCCCUCCCCCAUCAGCACACGUGCGGCUCAGCGGAGAUUUCCGUCUCACGACGACUGUCCGCUGAGGUGACGGGCGGGAGGUGCGUGAGGGCCGUCACGUGACGCCCGCGCGGCCCGCUGGGAGCUCGCGUGCCUCCCGCCACCUCAGCGGCUUCUGCGGCCUCGCACGCGCGCUCUCUCAGUUCCUGCGUCCUCGCUGACGAGAAGGUCUCACGGCUGCGUGUAGCCUGGUCUUGGGGUGGGGCUGGAGGGAGGCGGCCCGUGAGGCGAGGAGCAGGCCCGGGGAGGCGGCGGGCGCCUGCCCUGAGGGGCUUUUGUGGGGCUGGAACAGGCAUGGAGGAAAGAGCGGGCCGGGACGUGAGGAGAAUGGGGGCUGAAACGGCCCGGGGCGUCCCGAGUGGUGAGGAGAGAGGCUGCGUGAGGCCAAGUCGCUUAGUCGUGUGGCCACCGAAGCCUGCGCCUGCGGGGCCUGGGCUGCGGCGGGAGGCGGCGUUUGUCCGGGUCGAGGCCCGCUUCCGGGCCAGGCCUGGGCUCUCCUGCCGUCCUGACAGGAAAGCUAAUGUAGUUGUACAGAAACGGAGCGACCCGGUUCUGGAAGUGGCGGGCGGACUGUGCCCACCCAUCCCGUGCUCUGCGCGAGGGAGAGGGCAGGGCGCCGGGAGGCCCGGGCGGCGGUGCCGGCGGCACCACGCAUUUGGCCUGCCCGGCCCCGUGGGCGCGGGUGUUCAGGCCCGGAGAGCAGGGCAGGUGGGGGCCUGAGGGCGAACGGGGGCCUCCGCCCUUAGCGCGCCGAGGCCGUGCGCUGCGAGUUCUCCCAGGCCCUUGGCGGGGAAGUGAAGCCCGGUGCUGCCCUGGGGUGGCAGGGGACGGCGGGAGCCCCCGGGCCGGUGCGUCUUGGCCCUCGUCGGCCCGGUUUCACUGUGUUCGAACUCGCUCAACCCUCCGAGCCCUGCGUGAAAAUGAGAUGGAAUUAGAUGAACUGCAAGACCUGUUAGCGUUGGGGUUUUGUGAAGCUCUUGCCUCCGACGUGUGAUGGCGGGUCACCUGGUUAGACCUGAUGCCAGAAACCGCAAGAGACCAAGAGACCUCGAGCCUCAAAUGCCAGAUAGUCCACAACUGUCCUCUUUGGGGAAAUCAGAUUCCUCUUUCUCUGAAAGCUCUAGACUAUUUUAUAAAGAUGAAACCCUGGAGAAGGAUUUGAAUGAUAUGAGCAAAGAAAUUAAUCUAAUGUUGUCUACAUAUGCAAAGAUCUUAAGUGAAAGAGCAGCAGUAGAUGCAGCUUUCAUUGAGGAGAUGGAUGGACUCUUCAAAGAAGCCAGUGCUAUGGAAAACUAUCUAAUACAAAAAAGAGAGCUCCUCAGACAGAGUUUUACAGUGAUUGCAAACACACUGCACAAUUAAAAUUGUGUACUUAAAAUAAAUUGAGAAUUUAAGCCCUUUGUUGUAGUGAAAGAAUGACAUGCUAUGAAAACUCUCUAAUUGUUAAAAAAAUGUGGACUUUAAAUAUUGAAGGGGAAAUGGUGAAUUUCUUUUCUAGAUUUAAAAGGGGCUUUAAACCAGACAUUAAUACGAUGUAACUUUUCUUUUGAGGGUCAAAUUUUUGGCAUAUUUUAUAAAAGUGUAAAUUAUUUAAAUUAUAUAUGGAUUCUUUUCUUUUUUUUUUCCUUAACUCUCCUAGCCUUUCUUAAACUUCUGAAAGAGGACUCAGUGAGUUAAUUUGAUAAUGUUUAACACUGUCACACUUUUUCUUUUAGAAUAUUUUGUUUAAAUAAAAGAGACACAGCUUUGGAGAUAAUUUAAAAAUGUUUUUCAUGGUCAGUAUUAUUAAAAAAAAAAUUAAAACCUAAAGGUAAUUUGUCCAGUUUCUCAAUAUGUAAUAAGAUAUAACUGCUAUUGCUAUUUAAUAUUACCAUUGGAUUAUUUUCACUGUAAGUUUUAUUAUACAUUGCUAAUAAAAAUUCUUGGUUUAAAACUA